ACCAUAUCUUACACAGGGGCAUAUUGAUGAAGUGCAAUUGAGACGCCUAUCAAAUUCAACUUCUCUCGAGUGCGCUAUAUUUCAUCCUCCUCGGUCAUCGGAUUUCAUUUCUCCCCCUUUCUGUAGGUAGGCUCGAAACGGUUUAUCAUAACGGUCGAUUUAGAGGAAACUUGAUAUACGCCUAACAGGAAGACGAACUCACUGAACAGCCAACAAUGGAGGAAGAAGCCACUGUAGCCCAGUGGAUGGGCUCCUACUAUCAGGUGGUUUUAAAGGAGCCUGCCGGUCAAUGUAUCCAGGGGAUUCUGACUGGUCUCGUUCCCCAGCAACACCUUACACUAGCUCCCGCUAUGGUUUUGGGCACGAACCAAUUCUAUGACCGACUCAACGUCGAUGCUAUGAAUGUUUACGACAUCACACCGCUUCAAAACACCUCUUUUCCGAUGCCUACCCCUUCAGUUGUAUCUCCGCCGAUCCCCACGAUACCCCCGGUGAAAAGACCUCAACCUGCAUUCCAAGAUCCCGCUAUUCUCAGUCUUACUCCCAGAUCGGACUCGACUACGCAUUUUACUCACCCUCCCACGCAGCCGAACAUAGCUGAGAAACGGGACCCCCCGUUCGUUACCAAUCCUGCAGAUCGAAUGACAUACGAUUCUCCCGACGAGAUUACCGAUGCAGCUGCUCCAACUAACAUUACUGCGCCUAUGACACAACUAAAAAUCUCCCCAAACCCGGAGGCGAUACAUAUACCGAGAGAGACGACCGAGUCAUUGCCUACCAUCCCCCAUGAUCCGUCAGAUCCCAGAAAGGACCGCUCUCGAGGAACGCGUGGUCGGGGACGGCGCAAGAACAAGAUAGCCGACGGCAACGGUGCCCCAGCCCAGCGGAAUAGCCGAGGCCCGGGUUGGAGAGAGACGCCUAUCUUGCAAUCUACCGAGUCGUUCCAACCAUUCAAAGCGCUGAAGAAGAGCCAGAAAGCUCGAAUUGAUGCACUUGCUGACAAUGGCUGGGCCUCGGAAGACGUAACGGAUGUGCAGGGAGCCGGUGACUUUGACUUUGAAGGAAGUCUCGCCAAGUUCGAUAAACGAAAGAUAUUUGACGAGAUGAAGGAGCAGGACAAGAUCGAUGAAUCCGAACGUUUAGUAUCUCAUAAUCGCCUCCCUCGACCGAAGCCCGGCACGGCUGGGGGUAAGAAUCUGCAUUACACCGAGAACGUUUUAGACAUGCCAGCGACCACUUUGAAACCGAAGGAGACCUCCGGCGAUUACUGGAAAAGCGAAGCUGAUGACGAGAUCCUCAACGGUGCCGAACAUUCGGGAAGUGGUCGCAAUUCUAGGCUACGAGGAGAAUCUCGAGUGUCGAUAAACCGACGAUCGCAAUCGCGCAAGGCUAGUACCACGGCGAGUGUCGCUGGUUCAAGUCGAGUCAACUCAGGGCAAUCUGCAUCGAUCCCCAGCGGCUUCUACGCCGUAAAGUCUAAUCGUCGGAUUGAGGCGAUCGCCCAUCUCCCUAUGCAGACACUGGAGAACGUUGCACGUCACGAGUUCGGCUUUACUGAGGAUCUCCUAGCCGAAAAUGCUGGCCGCGGUAUUACGGAAGUUGUUAUGCUUGCUCUCAAUGAUCCUGCGAUCACGCUGCGCGCUGCUGCAACUUCACCACCAAGCAACCCUACGGUUGCGGUGCUGGCCGGGAACAACAAGUCAGGAGUCCGUGCUCUAGCGGCGGCUCGCCAUCUUCGAAAUCGCAGUAUCAAUGUUCUCAUCUGCGUAGUCGGCAUCGAGCGCGAAAAAGAACUGCUAGACGACGUUAGAAAACAAAUACGACUUCUUCGCAAUUUCGGCAGUGUCAUCUUCACGAAAACAGAGCUUUUUGAACAUACCAGCCAUACUAGUAGCACUCUAGAAUCGGCUUCUCAAGGAUCAAUAACUCUGAUCAUCGACGCCCUGUUAGGACUUACAACGCCAUUUGAAGAGUUACGCAAGUCGGACCAAGCUACUACGUACGAAUUGAUGGAGUGGUCGAAUAGGAACGAGGCGUUUGCGAUGGCGAUCGAUUUGCCAAGCGGUAUCGAGCCUCAGUCCGGCAAGGUCAACGUUAUCGACGGGGCCAAGCUCUACGUACAACCGCGCUACAUUGUUGCCCUUGGCGCCCCGAAACUGGGCUUGUUGAAGGCGUUAGAGAUGGGCGACGAGAAUGGCGACAUCGUCAUGGUAGAACAAUGGAAGAUUUUCCUCGCAGAUAUCGGUCUCAGUCCCGUCAUCUGGCGCAAAGUGGCGACUAAGAUUCGUCGCGGAAUCGAGUUCGAUAAUAACUGGGUUUUAGAACUGCGCUACCAACCGCAGGUGGAUGGUGUUGACGAUUAGAUGUCUUCUAACGCCGCCACUGCUUUAUGUCACGAUUGUUUGACAUGCAAAAAUAUACCUUCCAUGCUGGUUAACA